AUGACUGCACCCAACAGCACCUACGAUGUGAUAGUGGUCGGCGGAGGCAUAUCAGGGUUGAGUGCCGCAAAGCUGUUGAAAUCCAGUGGCCUGAGCCCUGUGGUGCUGGAGGCCCGAGAUCGCGUCGGGGGGCGGACCUUCACAGUGCAGAAUAAGCACGCGAAGUGGGUUGAUUUGGGCGGAGCUUAUGUCGGUCCAACGCAGAACCGGAUCCUGAGAUUAGCCAAAGAGUACGGCGUGCAAACCUACAAAGUGAACGAGCGUGAAAAUCUGGUACACUACAUCAACGGAAAAUCCACCCCAUUCAAAGGCUCCAUCCCUCCCAUAUGGAAUCCAUUUGUUUAUAUGGACUUCAACAGCUUCUACCGGACAAUGGACGAAAUGGGCAAAGAGAUUCCCAUAGAGGCCCCAUGGAGAGCCCCACACGCCGAGGAGUGGGAUAAAAUGACUAUGCAACAACUCAUAGAAAAGAUUUGCUGGACCAGUGCUGCCCGCCGCUUCGCCAAACUGUUUGUAAAUGUGAAUGUGACGUCAGAGCCCCAUGAGAUCUCAGCGCUGUGGUUCCUCUGGUAUGUGCGCCAGUGCGGAGGGACCAUGAGGAUCUUCUCCACCACCAAUGGAGGACAGGAGAGGAAGUUCCAGGGCGGCUCCAGUCAGAUCAGUGAGGCCAUGGCUAGAGAGCUGGGAGACCAGGUCAAACUGCAGUCCGCCGUCUACAAGAUCGACCAGAGCGGAGACACAGUCGUGGUGGAGACUGUGGACAAACAAAUCUACAAGGCCAAAUAUGUGAUAUUAGCCAUCCCCCCAGGAUUAAACCUUAAAAUCCACUUCAGCCCUGAGCUCCCCCCUUUAAGGAACCAGCUGAUCCACCGGGUUCCCAUGGGCUCGGUCAUCAAGUGCAUGGUGUACUACAAGGACAACUUCUGGAGGAAAAAAGGGUAUUGUGGAAGUAUGGUGAUUGAGGACGAAGGGUCUCCCAUAGGUCUGACCCUUGAUGACACAAAGCCUGAUGGGACUGUUCCUGCUAUUAUGGGAUUCAUCCUGGCCAGCAAGUGCAGAAAGCUGUCAGACCUGACCAAAGAAGAGAGGCUGAAGAGGAUCUGUGAGAUCUACUCCAAAGUCCUGGGUACAGAGGAGGCCCUGCAUCCAGUGCACUAUGAGGAGAAGAACUGGUGUGAAGAAGAGUACUCUGGAGGCUGCUACACUGCCUGUUUCCCCCCAGGAAUCCUCACCCAGUACGGCAGGGUACUGAGGGAGCCCUGUGGGAGACUGUACUUUGCAGGCACAGAGACUGCCACAGCAUGGAGCGGAUACAUGGAGGGGGCAGUGGAGGCAGGAGAGAGGGCAGCCAGAGAGAUAAUGUGUGCAAUGGGUAAACUUCAUAAGAGUCAGAUCUGGCAAACAGAGCCUGAAAGUCUGGAUGUACCCGCUCUGCCCUUCAUCACCACCUUCUGGGAGAGGAACCUGCCUUCAGUCGGUGGCUUCAUCAAUUUCAUGAGAGUCUCCACCCUCCUGUGUGUUGCCACGGCAGCGGGGGUCCUCGCUUACAAGAAAGGCCUGAUACCGCGAAACUAAACCUUAUGAAAAGAUGCUGCUCUAAUACUUUCAAAGCACUGGCCCACAUUGCAAAGUAGUUAAGCGUGUAAGGUAAAAAUCUGUCUAAUACACAAUGAAAAUAGACAAGUGAACUAAAGCUUGCAACACACUUUUGAAAUUCUGUUUUCAAUUUAAUGAAGGUAAAAGAUCAGACUAAUAAUACAGCAAUCAGUACUAUUGUUUUAUCCGUUGCCAAUGACAUGAUCUGAACGUGAUGCUUACUGUGUGCUUGAGUUGUGUGAGUGUGUCAGUGUCCGUUUUGUAACUAAGUUUGUCUAAUUACCUCUGAUUUUAGGUGCUGAAUCAUUACAAACUGUAGCCACAGUAUUUGAAAUUUUAAAAAUCGUGCCAUUUUGUACUAAAGCACUAAAGGGGCAUACCUAUCUUUACAAAUUGAGAAUACAUCUAUAGUUGAGUGUCUUACUACAAAAUAAGGCUUUGGACUUAAGUGUGGAUAUUGUUGAAGCUAUUUUCACUGAGUAAUACUUAGAUCUUUGCACUCAGCUGAUGUUUAUGGUUUUAAAUAGUACAUGUGUUGAAGGCAUUUGAAUGUAUUUACUGUAGAUUGGAUGGAACAUACAGAUCAGAUAUUUUUAUUUAAGUACAUUUAGUUUAAAGUUAGAUAUUUUUAUAUGUAACUUAAUCAAAAUUUUAGCCAUACAAUAGGCCUAGUAUUAUGUUUAACUGUUGAACUUUCAUAGCAUCAGUAGCAUCCAUUGUUGCACUGUAGACUUGCACAAUAAUUAUAAAGUAUAUGAGACAAUUUAAAGAGGAGUAAUAGACAAAUAUAUAACACAAUCUCAAUUACUUACCAGCUAGAUGAAGGCAGUGCUUAAAAUUAUCCCACAAAUGGAAAUCUUUGUAAGGAGAGACCAUGGAUCUAUCUAUAUCUAUGGAAAAGAUGCAAUCCUGCCAAGUUGUCAGCUGGAGUAUGAUCUAAACUUUUGGUAGUCAUGUCUUGUAGCUUCAGAGAUCUGUCCCAAAGAAAGAUGUGUUGAGUGUGGUAUUUGUUGUGCCUUAUUGGAUGUUAGUGAUUUGUCAUUUCUCUUAAGUGCCUGUGUGAUGCUAACACUCAAUCUUAACCUGAACUGGCCUCAUCUUGCACCUGCUAUAGAGGCCCACUGUCACAUACAAAUACGCAUAUUCUGUUAUGGCCAGUGGUGGAAGAAGUAGUCAGUUUUGUUACUGAAAUAAAAGUACAGAUACCAGAGCAAAAUACUCAAGUGAAAUUAUCACAUGAAAUAAAUCUUCUGAUGUGAAAGUAUUAAAAUACCUGUUUAAAAUUGUACUUAAAGAAUAAAAGGUAAAAGUGUUUUGUUUAGAUUUUGGGAUCUAAUAAAGCUUCAAAUGUAGUGAUUUUGAUAAAAAGUUGUGCUAAAUUUAAAUUCAGUAUGAGAUUUACAGAGGAACGGCAGUAGCUCAGUUGGUAGAGCAUUCGCCCACUGAUCUGAAAGUUGGUGGUUUGAUUCCAGCUCUUGACAUAAACAUCACAAGUUGAGCGGUCAGAUCCACUGAACCUCAGGUUGGUGUGAUUCCAGCUCCCACAGAUGAAUGCUGUCGUUGUGUUCUUGGGCAAGACACUUAACCCACCCUUGCCCACAGUGUCUGCGUACACUGGUGUGUGAAUGGGUGAGUGGUUGCUUGUUGUAUAGUGCUUUGAGUGCCUUGAAGGUGGAAAAGCACUGUAGAAAAAUGUGACCAUUUACCAUUUAAAUUUUAUUAAACAGAAACAAUUAAAUCAAUUGUUUUUUGUAGGUAUUUUUAUUAGUUUUUAUAUUUUUGUUUGCUUAAAUUAUGAAGGUGUUAAAAAUAAAUCCUCUGCCUUUUUGGCAGGUCUCAAACAAUAAUAAAAAAUACUUUUAUUUUUCAGUCCUUUCCAAAAAUGUAGUGGAGAAGAAAGUACAGAUACUAGCUUUCAAAAGUUGUGAAGUAAAAGUUAAAAGUAUUCACUUUAAAAUGUACUUAAGUAAAGUACAGAUAAGUAUAGUACUUUACUACAUUUACUUUGUUACAUUCCACCACUGGUUACGACUACUAUUAUUACAGCUAUAAUGGAUGAUCACAGACUGUAGUGCUUAUAAGACAAAAAAACAAGGUUAUCACAAAGUUUAAAAGUCAAUAUCUAGUUUCAGAAUCUGCUCAAUUUGGUUUUAACAUGUUUUCCACUGUGAAUUGAGAGCUCUGACUGUUCAAAUCUCCCAUCUUCAGUAAAACAGUGUGUCUAGUCUUGUGGUUUAUGUGAGAGAAGGUUUUACAGUGAUCCAGAUUGUAAGUUCUUUUAAAAUGUGUCAAUGUUUACGUUUAACUGAACAACCCCUGACCAUAACUGACCAUCACUGACCAGUGGUGUAGCAAUCGCAGGUGCAGCCGGUGCGAUGCACCGGGCCCAUGGCACUUUGGGGGCCCAUUGCAGGCACCCUCCCGGGGGGUGAGCCCCAGGCCUUGUGCAACUACACUAUGCCACUGUCACUGACACAAUGUAUUCUCUGAUGUGUAUGGCUAGAUCUGUAGGUGUAUGUCUGUGUCCAACAUGUCUCUGUGACUAAGUCUCGUAAUUGUUCCUGUUACAGGGGCGGACUGGAAAAAUCCAGAAUGGCCGUCCCGGCCGUCAGCCUUACUAACAGGAGAGGGAGCUAAUAUGAUAAUUUGCCCAUUUGUCAAGCAUGAAUUGCAUAGGCCUAAAAAGUGACAAAGAAGGGUGGGUUACUCAUUGGUUUCAAUACAUGUCAAAGAUGUCAAACAGAAAAUGUAAGGCAACAUGAUUUAGGUAUUUUUGUUAAGAAACAAUCAGAAGUAGUUAAUCUUUGUGUGUUAUCUUCAGUUAUUUCAUUAUUGAUUUACCAGUUUGGUCCCAGUCCGUCCCUGUUCCUGUACAAUCUACUUUGAUGUAAUUAUUUCUUUAAACAA